AAACUGCCAUGUAUGCAAGACUAUAAUGCUGAUUUAGAGAUAAGCAGCUGUCUUUGUUCACACAAGAAAAGUUAAGGACGUGUUAUUCGCUAUAUAACUAAGUGUACGUGAGGCCUGCACUGAAAAUAUUGUACCAGGCUGGCAUUGUGCUUUCAAGGUAUUUAUUGUGACAGACGUUGGGUGGUGACAAGGCAACAGGUUCUUGAAUGGCUUCAGAGCUGGAAGAGGGAACAGGAGAGCUGGAGGAGUCCGGGAAUGCUGAUUGGAUGUCUAAACUACCUGAAAAAUUACAGACAAGACCGCUGUGGGAGUUGGCCAUACCUGGUAGCCAUGACACAAUGUGCUAUGACUUGGACCGUAAUUCGCCUGUCAUGGAACCGGACAAGCUAGUCCAGUUGGACCAGCUGUUUCCCUCCUUGGUGAGGCCAAUCAUCUACAGAUGGGCUUCAACCCAGGAAUCUGGAGUCAUAGAGCAGCUGAAACUCGGGGUUCGUUUCUUUGAUCUGAGGAUUGCCCACAAGCCUGACGACAGUAGCAACACACUUUACUUUGCACACGGCCUUUUCACCCACAGCACUGUGGAGAGUGUCCUCAGUGAGAUCCACAGCUGGCUGGAGAACCACCCGAAGGAGGUUGUGAUCUUGGCCUUGUCCCACUUCCACAAGCUGAGUGACUCCAACCACGAACUCCUUGUGUCAUUCAUCAAGACGCUGUUUGGAUCCAAACUCAUUCGUCGACAGGACGACCCUAAGCUGCAGAGCUGCUGGGGGUCUAAGAAGCAGGUCAUCGUCUCCUACGACUUCUGGAGGGCCUCUGACCAGAACCUGGAGCUGUGGCCUUCUGUCCCAUACCACUACGGCGACACUCUGGACCCAGAGAAGGUGAUAGCAGUGCUGGAUCAGAAGCUUCAGGAAGGAAGACCAGCUCGGUUCUUUGUCUCGGGGCUGAACCUGACGCUGCCUGAGAGUCCAGAGGAGGUGUUGAAGCACGUGCUGGGCUCCCUGCGUCACACCACGCUGGCCUGUCUGCCUCGCCUGCUGGACUGGGUGAAGACACAGACUCCAGGACCAGGCAGGACCUGCAUCAACAUCAUCUGCUCCGACUUCGUGAACCAGAUGGAGUUUGUUUCCCUCGUCAUCAAACUCAACGAUAAACUUCUGUUAGCAGAGGAAGACUCCACCACUGGGUGAUCUGAUUCUGAAUACUGAAACUGGAGUCACAGUUUGUGUGUAGAGGUCAUAAGUUGUAAUACUUCAAACCCUGCCUUCUCUCUUUGAGAUAACUGUCAGCUUUGUUUACACAAAUCUGCUAACCGCGUAGAUUCCUUUUCUGUUUAGUUUGAUGAUUGAAUAUAGCCUGUCAUAGUUAUGUCGCUUCAACAAAUAAACGAUUCACUCAUGGGUGUUUCCUCCCACA